GCCUCCUCAAGCGGGAAACGCCAAACGGAAGUUUUAGGAGCCUCGCGGCGACCCGUAGCCAGGCUACACCAACGAAGCCGGUGAAGAGUCGCCCAGACGAGGAAGAGGCCGGAGCCUCGCAGGCCCGAGACGCGGCUAUGGCAGCGCAGUCGCCCCAACUCGCUGCCCGGCGGAGCCGCUUCGUUGUGGUGGGAGGUGGCAUUGCCGGAGUGACGUGCGCUGAGCGGCUAGCUACAGAGUUUCCUUCUGAUGAUAUUUUAUUAGUCACAGCAUCUCCUCUUAUAAAAGCAGUAACGAACUUCAGGCAGGUUUCCAGGACUUUAGAAGAAUUUGAUGUUGAAGAACAAGCAAGCAGCAUCUUAGAAAAACGCUACCCUAACAUUAAGGUUAUUCAGUCUGGAGUAAAACAGUUGAAGAGUGAAGAACAUAAAAUAAUCACCGAAGCCGGUCAGGAGUACAUCUACGAAAAACUUUGUCUGUGUGCUGGAGCAAAGCCAAAGCUGAUUACUGAAAGAAACCCCUUCGUGUUGGGAAUCCGCGAUACAGACAGCGCAGCGGAAUUUCAGAAACGUCUGGCAAGAGCGAAAAGAAUAACCAUUGUGGGAAAUGGUGGCAUUGCCCUGGAAUUAGUGUACGAAAUCGAAGGUUGCGAAGUCAUCUGGGCCAUCAAAGACAAAGCUAUUGGGAAUACUUUCUUUGAUGCAGGAGCGGCUGAGUUCCUGAUCCCAAAGCUGAGUGCCGUGAAACCGGAGCCUCCGAUCGCUUGUAAAAGAACAAAAUAUACGACGGCAGGAAGUGAGAUAGAACAAAGUGCUGCAGCAGACCUGGGGGAAAUCGGCAGUGCCUUAGGCCCUGACUGGCACGAAGGUUUAUGUCUUAAGGGAGCAAAACAGCUGUCCCACAAAGUUCACAUUGAAAGCCUUUGCGAAGUGAAGAAGAUCUAUCUCCGGGAAGAGUUCCAGCAGUCAGAGAAGGUGUCUCUGGCUUUCCCCAUAGUUCAGCCGGACGAGAGGAAUGCAGAAAUGGAUGAAGAGAGGUGGCCGGUGUAUGUUGAGUUGACCAGCGGGAAGAUAUAUGGCUGCGACUUCAUUGUCAGUGCGACCGGGGUUGUACCAAAUGUCCAACCAUUCCUUGACGGCAAUAAUUUUGUUCUAGGUGAAGAUGGGGGUCUGACAGUGGACAAAUACAUGCACACUUCUCUACCAGAUAUCUACGCGGCAGGGGACAUCUGCACUACGUCAUGGGAGCCUAGUCCAGUUUGGCAGCAGAUGAGGCUUUGGACCCAGGCUAGGCAGAUGGGAUGGUAUGCUGCAAAAUGUAUGGCUGCUGAUACUUUAGGGGAACCUACAGACAUGGACUUUUGCUUUGAACUCUUUGCUCAUGUGACAAAGUUUUUCAAUUACAAGGUGGUGCUGCUGGGAAAGUACAACGCACAAGGGUUGGGCUCAGACCAUGAACUGAUGCUCAGGUGCACUAAAGGGCAGGAGUACGUCAAAGUCGUGAUGCAGAAUGGGCGCAUGCUGGGAGCAGUAUUGAUUGGAGAAACAGACCUAGAAGAAACCUUUGAAAACCUGAUUCUCAACCAAAUGGAUCUGUCACGCUAUGGGGAAGAUCUUUUGGAUCCAAGGAUAGACAUAGAGGAUUACUUUGACUGAACAUAAAAAAGUGUCUGUGACUACUUUUUUUAGAAAUAAAAAGAGAUAAGGUUCCCCUAGGCAGACUACACACAUAAAGAUAGAUGACUGUAAUUUCCUUAAAAAGCAUGGUUAUGGGUGCUUUCAGGCUUUGCUGCUAAACAUGGUCUACCAACAUUCAAGCACUGAACUGUGGGAAAGUGUAUUAUCUAGUACAGACUUAAGAUGAGGCAUUGUAAAGUUCAACCGGAUAAGGUUAAGCCACCUCUUGUGCAAUAUAAGGUUCAGCGGGGCUUACAUAUUGAAUAUUUUGUAUUUUACUUGCAUCAUGCAAAAGCAGUUUACAUAAACAGAUGUAAAAUAAAAGAUUGAAUUAUUUUCAGUUUAAAAAUUAUAGGCAUAAUUUAGCCAAAGUUUAAGCAUUUUGAAAUGCUUUUUUAAAAAAACAGCAGUGCUUAUUUCUCUCUCUUUCUCCCCCCCCCCCAAAAAAAAAGGUUUGGAAAUACUGAAACUUUGGAUAGAUUGUGACUAUCUAUUUGCUUCUUUAAAUUAUUUUUCUAACUAUGCUGGAGGCCAUUUUCACUUACACACAGAUGGGCUUUAUCCCCACCCCCUGGCAGGCAUGAAUACUGCAGCCAGUGAUACAGAACUAAACAUAGGUCUGUGAGGAGGGUUCCUCAGGGUCUGCUCAGUAGAGUCCCAUGACAUGUAAAUGGUAAGUGAGAGAAUCUGUUGAUUCGUCAGCUUUCAAAAUGAAAUUUCAGGACUUGGGUAAUGCUGGGAUGACAAUUUAAAAUGUAUUUUUAUUUUGAAAAAAUAAAAAACUUCCCAUAACUUGAA